AUGGUCUACGUACGGCAAAAGGAGCUCCCUGCGCUCCGUGAGUACAAAUACUCCGGUGUCGACCACUCACUGCUUUCCAAAUAUGUCCUAAAGCCCUUCUACACGAAAUUCGUCAUCAAGUGCUUCCCUAUGAGCAUGGCACCGAAUCUGAUCACUCUGACGGGGUUUUCAUUCGUCGUUGCGAACUUCUUGACGCUGCUGUGGUAUACUCCCACUCUUGACCAAGAUUGCCCCUCCUGGGUGUAUUAUUCUUGGGCACUGGGCUUGUUCCUAUAUCAAACGUUCGAUGCUGUGGAUGGAACUCAAGCGCGCCGAACUCGGCAAUCCGGACCUCUGGGCGAACUCUUCGAUCAUGGGGUAGAUGCUUGUAAUACCUCACUCGAGGUCCUUCUUUUUGCUGCUUCUCAGAACAUGGGACAGAGCUGGCAGACGGUGGCAGUCUUGUUCGCAUCCCUCCUGACCUUUUAUGUUCAGACGUGGGAGACUUAUCACACCAAAACUCUCACUCUUGGCAUUGUCAACGGACCUGUCGAGGGUGUUCUUGCGAUCGUCCUGGUCUUCGUUUUCACUGGCUACGUUGGGGGUGCUCAUUUCUGGCAGCAGAGCAUGUUCCAUACCAUCGGUGUGCCCUCCACCAUUGGCAUCCCAUCUUUCAUCUACAACCUCACAUUUACCGAGUGGUAUCUUAUUCAGGGCAGUAUUGUUCUUGUCUUCAACACUGUUGAGUCUUCCCUCAACGUCAUCCGCGCUCGACGUGCCCGUGGUGACCGAUCUCGAGGUGCGCUCCUUGGCCUCGUGCCUUUCUUCAGCAUCUGGUCUAUGGUGGUUGCCUACCUUUAUCUCCAACCCAAGAUCCGCGAAUGCCAUCUUAUCCCAUUUGCCCUCUUCGCCGGCCUUGUCAAUGCCUACAGCGUCGGUCAGAUGAUCACUGCCCACCUUGUUCACCUGCGUUUCCCCUACUGGAACGUGCUGGGCCUGCCUCUUGCCUUUGGUGUCAUCGAUUCAUUGGGUCCCAUCUUCCAGCGUUACCUAGGGUUUGGAUGGCCCAGCGCCCUUGGCGAUAAUGUCUACCAAGUGGCUUUCAUGUUCAUGAUGCUCGGAACCGCCGUCGGUGUCUACGGAAGUUUUGUCGUUGACGUAAUCGUUACCAUCUGCGAUUACCUCGACAUCUGGUGCCUCACCAUUAAGCAUCCUCAUGUUGAAAACGAAGGCGCUCAGACCAAUGGUACAAAGAAGGACUAA